ACAGGGUUAUGGAUAUUGAAAUUAAAUAGUAAUAUGAAUACAAUGUAUGAUCUGAUGCUUUCUGAACCCUUUAUAUAAUUAUAAAAGUGGUUUGUUUUGUACGUACCUCGAAGCCAGUAAACACAUUUAAGAUCAGAAUAAAAAAGUGGUUGUUUAAUGUCUGAUAUCCUAUUAACUGUACUUGGUUUCAUGUUAAAAAAUAAUGUUUCUGCUGUUCAAUAUAAUAGCAUAUAUGUAAACUUCAAAUCUAGCAAGCCCAGAAUGUAAUAGUACUAACCAUGGUCAUUAAUACUCUUACCAUCUCAUCCAUUUGCAUUAAUUUUGUCAAAUACUGCUCUGAAGGAUCAAAUUAUUUGUUGUUGUGACAGAUGUGUGUGCCGUGGAAUAGUGCUUUAUCUGUUCUGUUCUUUAUAAACAUGUUCUGCACGUAAGUGCGUAACAGAAGUAACUGUGUAAGUGCUCAUUGUUUUCACUGCUUUUCCAAACAAAAUGGUUUCCAUGGUAUCAGUAAUGGUUUACUUUUGUGGCCUAAUCAAAAUCAAUAGGAUUCAAUUGAUUACCUCUAGUUCAUCAUAUCUUUCUAGGUGGAAGCACUAUCAAAUGAAUAUUUCAACUUAUCUAUGGAAGUGGUUCCUGUGUGUCUUGUUAAAGAUUUCUUGAGCUUGAAACAUUUUUCUUACUGUUCAGUUAAUAAUAAAGCUGUUGGGACAAGGGAGUGAGAUAUUUGUGAUUGAUUUACGUAUGGUGUUUGAGUUGGUAUGACUAUAUGGACUCUCCUGAACUUGAGGACCUUCUAAUCACUGGUAAGCAUAUACAUGGAGGAAGUGACGUGGGAUAACUCCAUCAACAGAAACCAAAAUCAAAUACCUGACGAUUUUCUUUGUACACCCCGUAAUACGAAAUUUUAACAGGAUAUGUUUAUUAUGAGAUAUGAAGCAUGUAUAGGCAAGACAUGGUCUUCCUAUUUUCUAUUUAUUUUAUAUAUGUCAUGUAAGACACAUAACAAGUGAGUUGCAUCUGUUUUCUGAGGUAUUUGAUUUAUUGUUAUCUGUAGGUUUAAGCGUUUGCACAUGACAGAUUACAGAUGGAAUGUAAAACAUCAUCGGAGACAAACACAAAUCAAGUUCUGGAGAUUAUAUUCGGUUUUGCUUCAUUUAUCAGGCUAAUAGUGGGUGCUGAUUGGUUAUGGCCCAGACCAUGUAUGACUGUAGUAACUACUACUACAACCUCAGCAUAUCAUUACAAUGCCCCCCAGAGUACGUGUAUUGUUGUAAUUUACAUUGUUGUAUCAUCAAUAGAUACCAUAAAGAACUUUGGGAGACCUGGUGUUUUUGGUUUGGAGUAAUAUUUUUUUUUUUACUUGUUCUUAUAUUGGCGUUUUCGUACGUCAUCGCUUCCUGUAAGCAUAAACAACAUAAUCUCAUUCGUAUCAGAAAUAUUUCAUCUCCAGCAACAGUCACAGUAAUUAGCACUAUAAGUGGACCAGGAGGCAUCAUUCAACCGAAAAUUAACUACACAAAGGAGCAUCCCACUCCAGUGCAAGAUACUGCAAUCAUUAGCAACUCUGAUUUACAUGUGGAGGAUUUUGCAGGUCCUCUGGAUCCCCCUUAUCCAGCAGUUCAACCAGUAACUAUAGUAAGGGGGAGCGUCCCUCCGCAAGGAUUUCGACAAACCACUAGCUAUACCGAAUUGGUACUACCUCCAGGAUAUGUCGACACAGAACAUUACAAAAGACCAAUUUAAGGUUCUUAUUUCCUCAGAAUACUAUGCAGUACAGGUAGCCCUUGAUUUACGCCAGGGACGCGUUCCUGGACGAAGCGGCGUAAACGGAAUCGGCGUAAAUUGAAACUCUUUUAUAAUGUAAAUCUAUGGGAAGUCAAUGACAUGCGUUCCCAGCACUGAAACGUUGACGAGUAAUAUAAUGGCAUUACAUUUAAAGAUCAGAAAUAACACAAAUAAAAUAAAGUGAAUUUAAAAAAUAUAUUUUAUACUCUUACAAUCGGCGAUUCGUUGGUCACUGUGAUUCUUUCAUGUGAUUGAUGUGUACAGUCAUCUCUGCUGUUCUGCGAUAGUUGCAUUCAUGAAAGACGCCGACCUAUAGAAAAUCACGUAGUAAAAAUAACCCCGGU